CUCCUGUAGAUGGYCAUUGGGGACGCUGGUCUUCUUGGAGUCAAUGCAGCGCAACCUGUGGACUUGGCACCAAGAAGAGAACAAGACAGUGCAAUGAUCCAUCGCCAGCAAACAAAGGCAAACCAUGUCCAGCAGGAAAAGGCGAAGAACAAAGCAGUUGUCAACUUAAAAGUUGUGGUUUAGGUCCCUAUGAUUGUGAGUUUGAAACUGAUAUGUGUUCUUGGGUGAAUGGUAAAGACAACACGAAUUAUAAAUGGUUUCAUAAGGAAGGCUCAACACCAACACUUAAGACUGGUCCAAAAGGAGGCGUUGGGUUUAAGGAAAUGAACGAAAAUGUGCAAGGUUACUAUAUAUACGCUGAAGCGUCAGCCCCAGCGGAACCAAAUGACGUAGCGAAGCUUCAAAGCAAGGUGUUCUCUGCUGCUGGUGGACAGUGUACUCUGCAGUUUGCUUACAGUAUGUACGGGGAACAUAUGGGAGCUUUGAAUGUCUAUGUUAUUGACGUGAAAACUGGACAAAAGUCCAAUAUAUUUUCAAAGUCUGGUGACCAAGGAGAAAAAUGGCAUAGAGGUCAUGCACCUUUUACAAGCAAACAUGAAUACAAGAUUUCGUUUGAAGCUACUCGUGGCAWAGRWUUUAGAAGUGACAUAGCAUUGGACAAUAUCGUGUUUAAAGGUGAUGGAUGUCAUAUGAAAAAAGACAACUAUAAGAAGUUGGGAUGCUUCAAGGACAAGAUGGACGUCAAUGGCAGACCUUUUCCUAAACUCAUCGCAAACUACAGGGAUACAAUUGACUGGAAUGACUUUAAGACGUCUCUGUCGUCUGUCAUCGACAAGUGUGCUAAAAAGACCAAGGAACUUGGAUACAAAUAUUUUGGAAUCGAGUUUUAUGGCGAAUGUUGGAGCGGUGGUAAUCAUGAAGUGAGUUAUGACAAGGACGGCCCGUCGGACACUUGCUGGAACGGUGUUGGCAUAGCAAGGUCUCUUAUGGCCUAUGAAGUACUUGAAAACUCAGAGGUAGCAUAAGAUUCAUGGCAAUUCAUCGAAUGGAAUGAUAAUAAAUGUGCUUG